AGCUGCGAGAAGUUCAGCGAUAAGAGAACACAAACGUUACCAGAACUAAUGGGAUGGAGGACAUGGCUGCUGAUUAAUAUGCUGGUGCUCGGCUCUCUGGCAAAGUGUAUGGAUUUAGGGCCGGAGUCGGAGUGCACGACGAUGGAGGUGUGGUCCUCGAAUGAUUCCCAGUGGCGAGUCGGUGGAAUCGGCGAGGUCUACUGCAAGGGAUGCGAAAACGUUGAUCCGCAGGACAUGGUCUUCCACCUGCCGCGAAGGAAUCUGCCCCGACAAUGGCUGGACAGCAGCAACACCACUCUGGUCCACUCGGAGGGGAACCUGAACAGCACCUGGGAGCUGCGUUUCGAGUGCCUCUACCAGGAUGCCCUGAUGGGAUCCGCCUCCGUGAAGGUGUUCCCACUGAUGAACGUCACCGAUUUCGAGUGUCGCUACAAGGGAUAUACUUUAAUCUGCACCUUUAGCCGUUCGGAGUUGGAAAGCUUUGUGGCCGUGACCAGCUACCAAUUGGAAAUGAACUCUUUGAAGCCCGUCGAUUGCGAGAGAGUGGAGAACUCAACUAGGAUAACAUGCCGGGUGUACAUCGCUUCGUUGAAGCCCAAUGAAAGCCGCUUUGUUUUGACCAUGAUCGAUACUUUGGGCAAUCAGACGCAGCACUUCAAUUUCAGCAAGUACGAGAUGAUGGAACUUGAAUGGCCAGCGGAAGGUCCCAAGAUCAAGAUGCGAUAUGAUAACAGAACCUGCCUCACCUGGAACUGUCCCUAUGUUCUUCACGACGAAAGGGUUGAGUACAAUUUGCUAUUGCAGCACUCGAAUCCAAAGCUAUCGAGGAAUAUCACCGAGACCAAGGAGCUUGUGGGCGGCCUUCUUGUGUAUGAGAUUUGCUUCGAAACUCCGCGGCAGGGCGAUCAAAGGUUUGAUGUGAUCAUAAAGCAGCGGUUUGCCCAAAAGGAUGCUCCCUGGUCGAAGGACUUUAGACUUAGCUUUACCACCAACAAAACAUUGCCAUCCCGUCCGCCGGAAUUCCUGCCCAAUGGCUUCCACUAUGAUCCCAAUAAAGCACAGUUGAGGGUCUACUGGGAGCAGCUGGACAAGAUCGAGUUCAAUGCCCCCAAACAGAGUUACGAAGUUCUAAUCGAAUCGGGCAAGAAUGCCUCCAUCACGAAUCGCAACUCCGCGCUCUUCAAAGACUGGAAUCCCUCGGGUCCAACGACGAUAUCGAUUUGGAGCCGGAACGAACUGGGUCGGUCGCUGAGGAGCAGCCGAAUGGUGGUGCCCGACCUGCACGACGCCAAUAUGCGACAGCCGUCGCAGCAGGAGUACAACACCUCAACGAACACGCUCACCUGGCGUCCUCCCGAGGACGAGGCGAAUCUCCUCCGUUACAUUGUCGUCUGGUGCAAGGCCUCCAGUGUGAACUACGACGAGUGCAGCGACGAAGAGCCGAUUGAGAAGCGCUUUACCCGGGAAACGAAGUACAGGUUCGAUGGACCAAUGCCCCUCCAUCGAAUGGCGGUGGCAGUCGAAUAUAGUGACAAUGCCAGCGGAGGACUCACGUGGCUGGGCAAGGCCAGGAGUACUCUGUUCGAAUCGACGAUGCGCAUUUUCGAGGGCAUCAUAGCCAUGCUGGUGGUGAUUGCUGCUCUGGCCGUGUUGGUCUUCAAAAAGGUGCGAAAGAUGGCCAACAUUCGGGUGGAAUUGCCGGACAUGGAUUUCGGCCCUGCUCCAAGCUGCCAAGGUCAGGCGAACAUCCAGAUGCCGGUGGAAUCGGUUCCGGGAAGCAUGCACGCCAGAAUCUACUACUCGGAUCUACUGACAAGGGCAAGGGAUUCCCCGGAACCCAUCGACUACAACUGGCAACCGGAAAAGCCAAGCCAAGGAACACCCAUUGUGCCAUUGAGCCCGUAUGUCCACAUGAACGGAUCGAAUCCAAUUUGCAACGAUGGCUACUUAAAAGCUCCACCACCAAGGGCAAGGGAUUCCCCGGAACCCAUCGACUACGACUGGCAACCGGAAAUGGAAGUUGAAGAGGUUAGCGCACAGCCAAGCCAAGGAAAACCCAUUGUGCCAUUGAGUCCGUAUGUCCACAUGAACGGACCGAAUCCAACUUGCAACGAUGGCUACUUAAAAGCUCCACCAGCAAGGGCAAGGGAUUCCCCGGAACCCAUUGUGCCAUUGAGUCCGUAUGUCCACAUGAACGGACCGAAUCCAAUUUGCAACGAUGGCUACUUAAAAGCUCCACCAGCACGAUAAUGAGACAUAAACAUUUGUAAAUAUGUAAAGUUAGAGAUUCCAGUUCAAUACUCGCCUUGCAUCAUUGUGAUUCAUUUAAAAGUAGUUAUCCAUUAUUAUCAUCCACAUUUCAUUUUAA